AUGGACUUUAGCGAAGAAGUAGAGCUCAAGAGGUCAAAGAAGAGAAAUGAAAGCAAGGUGCCAAAUCUGCCACCUAUAACCCCUGCGGUUAGGAAUACUCCCGAAGUUGUUCAAGCACCUGGAAAGGGACCUAAUUUUGAAACGCUUGGAGCUGAUUCUUUGAGGCAAAUCCCUGAUUCUCCUAAGGCGAGAGAUAUAGACUUUGAUCAACCCAGAGGUCGCUCAAAAAUGGGUACAAGAGAUCAGAAUUUCAGACUUGAUGAAUCAAGGAAUGAAGAUUGGGCAAAAAAGGAAGAUAUCGAAGCCCUAGAGAAAGAAUCACCUGAAAAGGCUGAUAAAGGCAAGGCUAGAGAAUACAGACAAGCCCAGAUGCUUCAUGAUAAAAUCCAAAACACAACAUUUUCAUACUGGAAAUCAUCUGUUGAAACGAUUGUAGAAAAUAGUGAGUCUCACUCAUCUUUUGGAAUUUAUCUAUUUUUCCUGAAACGGUUGGCAUUUACAAUAUUCCUAAGUCUCUUUUCAAUUUGCCAGGUGGCUUAUCUGCUGACAUGAGACUUCUACGAUGAUAAAGAUAUUCGGUUUGGGAUUGAAAAAACUACCCUUGGCAAUCUCGAUGGUCUUGAUUACAAAGCUGUGGGAAGUUUUACAAAGGAACUUCAGAUAGAAAAUUCAGAGAAAGGAAGGGAUGUCCUUCUCUCCUGUCAAAUUCUCUUCAGCAUUCUCUUCCUUCUCUUCAUUUUGUAUCAUAUAACUAUGGUUAAUUAUGAGUCGAGAAGAGUAAAGAAUCUUCAGAAUGGGACAAAGUGGAGACAACUGGAUGAAAAGCCUCAUCCACUCAGUAUCAAAGAGUUCUCAGUACUCAUUACCAGUAUCGAUAAGAAUUACCAAGGAGACAUCAUCUCUGACGUUAAGAACACUCUCAAUAAAUAUGGUGGCUAUAGAGGUUUGAUUGAAGUAGUACCAUUUCAAGAAUAUGGCACAUUGCUGAAGAACCAACUUAAGAUCAACCAAAUCCAGCAAAAUUUGAGUGACCUUCAAGCUAAGGAAAUCCUUAAGGAAACUUCGAUGACUAAAAGAAUAGAAAAAUUAGAGCUAAAACUCGAUAAACUUAACAAAGCUCAAUUAGAAAUAUUCGAAAAUUUUGAUGAAACCAAGCCUCCUAGAGAAGUCUGAGUUCUUUUCAAUAAGCUAAAAGAUCGUAAUGAAUGCUUAGAUGUUUAUUCUCCAUACUCUAACUGGUGGUCAAAGCCUUCAAAGAUGCCACAAGAGAUGAAACUCAAUUCCAAAUAUGGCUUUAAAGUUCAAGAAGGAAUCGAACCUUUCGAGAUUAACCUUGAACAAGAUUCGUUCUGGAAAUUCAAAAGUCUGUCUUUCUGGCUAAAAUCCGGAUAUAUCCUCACCAUAGUCAUAUUAGUGUGCUUGAUCAGUUCUUUCUGCUUGAGCGUGACUAUUGGAGAAGUCAAAGACGUGUACAACGAGUUUCCCAACUAUAAAGACUGAAAAGAAUACUUAUUUACAGAAAGUGUUGUAGUUGCAUCAACAACCUCCUCAACUGCCACGGUUCCCAGCACUCCUGAUGAAAUUCAGUGCUUCUGUAGAUAUCACGGCAAGGAUGUGAUCGAAUCUAAUGGAGGCACUAAUUCUAGUCUCACUGGAAUAAGAACUAUGUGAGACACUUGGCUUGAAAAUUAUGAUAAAAUCUACAUUAAUGUAUUCAUUGCUACUGGUGUAAUGCUUUGUGUCAGCAUAUUUAUAACUUAUUCCAUCAAAAUUGCAUUUAGCAAGAAGAUACUACUCUUUCGAGGAAAGACAGUUAACAAUAUUUUAGUUAGCGUUUUGGUAUUCUUGUUACAUUCAUGGUUUAUUGGAGUCUACCCAAUUCUAGUUUUCGAUUCAAAAGAGCACUCAAUGCCUAGAGAAUGGUAUCUGAAAACAGGAAUGCUGUACUUAUGGUACUUCUUCGCUCUUCUGGUGAUAUACCCUCUAGAAGUAUUUUCCUGAGUUCUUCUAACAAAACUGUUUCAAAAGGUACAACAAAAGAAAGCAAUACUACAGAAAGAGCUUAACAAAGAAUUUGAAGGAGCAGAAUUAGACUACUCCCAUAAGAUUGGAAGACUCAUAUCUCAUUUCCUGAUCUGCUUCGUGUUGUCACCUGGAUUACCCCUCCUUCCUCUAAUCUUCUACGUUAACCUUCUCAUAUAUUGCUUCAUUGAGAAGGCGCUAAUCCUGAGUUUCUACAGAAGGAUGGAAGCAAUCACAAAUUUUAUAAGGCAAUUAACCAUCCAGACUCUCUGCAUCGUGUUUAUUUCUACAUGAGUAAUGUCAAUAGCCAUGUAUGGAAAUGAGGAGAUCUUUCCCACUGAGACCAAGACAGAGUCAGGUUUAGUCUUUGGGCUGACUCUUGAUUACUAUAUACCUGAAAGCCGGAACUUUAUUGACAAAAUCUUUGCUCUCACUGGGAUUCCCUUUCUUUGAAUUAUCAUUUUUGGAAUGUGAAUAUACAUUUUCCUAUGUUUAGCGCAUAAAGAUAAAGCAGUUCUCAAACAAUUUAAGCACUUUGCUCUGAUGUGGCACCCGUUGAGAGUUGAAUCAAGAACUCUUGACAAUACUCUUGUGUACUCCUCAAAGAGUUAUGACCCAAAAGAGUCUGAGAAAUAUUCAGAAUCACUUGAAAAAAUUGAUAAGAAAUUUAAUAGAGAAGAGAGCAAGCAGCCAAGAGUUCGAAAUGAUGUAUCAGUCUCAUUCAAUAAUGAUCCAAAUGGAACUGGGAGAAAGCUUACAUCUCAAGUUGAUGCCAAUCUAAACCCUCUCUACUAUGAUGCUGAGAUGCCAGAUCCUGCAAAAGAGGUCUCUCCAAUUCAGGAGGAAGAGAAAGAGCAUGAACUUGAGCAAGUAAUACAACUGGCUAAAUAAUGUGUUGUAAAAUUUCUGAUGAUUUUCAAUAUA